AUGGCGACCGCAGGGUCCGCAGGGUCCGCCGCUCCGCCCGGCAGACCGGCCAGCGCCGCCGGGAGGGACCGGCCCGCGGACCGGCCUGGCUCCCGGUCCGGAGCCGGCUGCAGCCCGCGGGAGGACGAGGGGAGGAGGUGUGCGGAGCCCGGAGCCCCGCCGGCCUGCCCGCUGUGCCGGAGCUCCGGCAGCGAGGAGCGGGUCCGCAGGAGGAGCGAGGCCGAGAGGAGCAGCAGCAGGCCGGGCAGGAGGGACGGAGACUCCCGCAGAGAAGUGUUCGUGUGUCCGGCCGUCGUCCUGAAGUCUGCAGACACCAAACACAAACUGCUGUGUGAAGAUGAUCUGAGGAGGAAAAACUUCCACAUCUGUAAAGACGAGUCAGCAUCAGUCCGUCAUGAUGAAGAUCCUGGUGUGGUGUCUGACUCAGAGAACGAGGAGCCAAUCAGCAGGAGGAUCAGAAACGUCUCCGCCUUCGUCAGGAAGACUAAAAACUCGUCAGCCGCCAGUGGUGCUCAGAGGAGUCGCAGCUGUACGGACCCGGUGGAGGACGGAGGGAAGAUGAAGACGUUCCCACAGCCGGCGGCCAUCAUGGACAGAGUUGGGAUGGGCCACAGCUCCUCAGCAGGGAUCCUUCUCUCCUCUGAGAACAGUCGGUCGGUCUCGGCUCCCGUUGCCGCCGACCGCCGCCUCCCGUGGCGCGCAGUGAUGACAUCGUGGUCGACGCCGCUCGGCCCGGAGCGCUCCAUCAGCCCCGAGAGCAACGACAGCAUCUCAGAGGAGCUCAACCACUUCAAGCCCAUUGUGUGCUCGCCGUGCACGCCCCCCAAACGGCUGCCGGACGGCCGCCUGCUGGAGCCCACCAUCGUCAAAUCCACGCCGCGGAACCUGACGCGCGGCCUGCAGAAGGCCACCAGCUACGAGGCGAGUCCCGCCGUGCUGCAGAAGUGGCGUCAGAUCGAGCUGGACCGCCAGAGCCUCAAAGUGAAUUCCAAGGCCACGCUGACGAGUCCGGUCCCUGAGACGCAGGACGCCGCCAAGAUGCAGCCGAGCGCCGCCGGAGACACCGUCUCCUCUGCCAACAAGAGGAAGCUGCUGUUCGACCCGCCGCCGGGAGACUCGGACACCUUCCAGAAACAGUCUGUAAAGAUCCGGGUCCCCGCGAUCCGCUACAGCGAGGCGCCCUUCAGGGGUGGGGCAGACUUUGAGGCGUCGGGAGCUCCGGAGCCAUGCGGCGGCGCGCUGUUCAGCCGGAAACGUUCCUUCUCUCCUUACACCAAGAACUCCGGCUUCCAGUCCUGUAAGUUAGUGCCAAAGGACUCGCAGGGUCCCAGGAAGGAGUCCGAGCACCAGUCUACCUCCCGGAGGGGUCCGAAGAGGAACCAAAAGACCAAACACGUGGACUCGGACCGAGACCAGGACCCGAGGCGGGGCCAGAUCCAGCAGGACCGAGCGCUGGCCCUGAAGCUGCAGAGACAGUUCGACCUGGAGAACCAGACCGGCCGCAGGAGGAGCCCCGAUAAGUACUUCCUGCGGUCCUGGAUGUCCAAUCAGAACCGCAGGAGGCGGGGCCUGCGGAGAUCCCGACGAAUCAACACAAAGCACUAACGAGGACUCGGACAGGAAGUUCAUUUAUGCAAAGUUAUAAAAUAAAGGUCUGACCUGGACCUGUUCUCACCAGCAGCUGUUUGUGGUGAUUAAACACUUUUAUUCUGAAAUUUGCACCAUGUGAUUAAAAUAUAAACAUUUAUUAUCUUUAUGUUUGUUCUCAGGUGCAGAUUUUAUAAAAGUGUUUAAUUCAUCAGAAAUGGAUUAAAUCACAGAGCUGAUCAGCUGAAGACUUUUAUUCUGACAUGUUGAAGAUAAGUUACUUUAUUUUGUAUCAACAGGAAGUGUCAAACAUACGGAGGGUUAAAUACUGUAUAAAUUAAUAAGUAAUAAGUAAUCACAUGAGUAACUUCAGUAAAAUAUAUAAAUGAAACAAUCAUUUAUAAAGUAGUAAAAUUCUACUUUCAUAAACAUUUAAUUAUUGUUUCAUAGAAAUAGUUUUAAAACUUUCAUUAUGUUUAUUUUUUAAUUUAAAUCUCAACUCAGACUGCUGUAAAAACCUGAACAGUGUUUUUAUUCCAAAGAGAAAGAAACAGUCAGUAUAUAUUUAAUUUUAAUGAUUAAUAAUAAUUAAAUUGUAUAAUAGAUGAAUCAUCAUUAUAUAUAAUUUCACACAAUGUUGGUUCAUUCAUAUAUUUACAGUUUAUUCAUGUGAUUAUUUCUUUUUUUUUUUAAUAUCGACACUUUGGGGCUUCCAUACAGUCGAGCUGAAGGACACUAAAAACAUUUAAAUGAGAUCAAUCGACUCGAUCAGUUCCUUCCAUCGAUCCUCUUUGUGAUCUUUGGGAACCAUGUCUGCUGCCGCCGAGGCUCAUGGGUAACGUAGUCUGACUGAAGGAGGAAAUGAUUGACAGGAAAGAUCCCGCCCACUUCGUUACUCUCCGGGAGAGAAAAGUCAUGUGACCAGAGAUGAUUGACAGGUAGAAACUCACCUGGUGGUUAGAGAUGAUUGACAGUUAGAAACUCACCUGGUGGUUAAAGAUGAUUGACAGGUAGAAACUCACCUGGUGGUUAAAGAUGAUUGACAGGUAGAAACUCACCUGGUUAAUUUAAGAUGAUUGACAGGUAGAAACUCACCUGGUGGUUAAAGAUGAUUGACAGGUAGAAACUCACCUGGUGGUUAAAGAUGAUUGACAGGUAGAAACUCACCUGGUGGUUAAAGAUGAUUGACAGGUAGAAACUCACCUGGUGGUUAAAGAUGAUUGACAGGUAGAAACUCACCUGGUGGUUAAAGAUGAUUGACAGGUAGAAACUCACCUGGUUAAUUAAAGAUGAUUGACAGGUAGAAACUCACCUGAACUCGUGUCAGCAUCUUUUUUUCAUUCCAGUUUUAAUCUAAACAAAAAAUCACAAAGUUUGAUCCGAGACAUUUUUCCAUCAUGGCAGAAAACAGAUCGCAUCACGUUAUCGACCCAAAUAUACAUGUUUAUAUUUAUAUUUAUAAAUAAGGAUCCACGGGUCAGUUCAUCCAUCACAUGUUAACAUACAUCAUAAGUUUCUCCUCAUAAUUAGACGAUUAUAAGUUUAUUUAACACUUUUUUAAAUGAAUCUUUUAAAAACUUACAAACAUUAAAACAAUAUGACAGAAACACAAAAUGACUCUAAACAGUCAAAUAUGACAUUUACUGUUAUUUAUGAUCAAUUAAACGUCUGAGAAGCAGAGAAAUGUUUUUAUUCCUCUAAAAUCUCAACACGUGAUAUUUGUAUUUAUUAUAAAUUCAUAUUUAUCUCCAUUUAACAUAAAACAAUCAACAAUAACUCAGUCAGGUUUUAUUUUCUCUGAACUUUAAUCAUUUUUAUCCAUAAAUGAAAGAAUUUAAUAUAACUGCAGACUUUUAUUUAGUGAUUGAAAACAGGAAGCUGCAGCGGAGCGUCGUCAUGGAGAUAGAACACAUUGCUGAUGACAUCAUCGUGUUUUCAGGCUGCAGUUAUAAUAUCAGAUUCUGACGGGUUUCUAUGGCAACAGACUUAAAUUCACUGUGAGGUGAAACAGCUGCAGUUACAGCCGAUCACCAGCUGGUGGCGCCAAACACAAUAUUAUAAAAUCAGUGGAUAUUUUAUUAGUUUAUUACUUUAUUGAUCAGUUAUUGUAUGAAUUCGGUUUUCUGCCAUGAUGUAAAACGACUCACAGCUGAUCAUCGUCACAUUCCUGCAGAAUCAUUAUGAUCAGUUAUUGAUUGAUUUGAUUCAUCCUGUCGUCACAAGUUAUUGAUUCUUCAUGUUUUUCUCUGCAGCUCAGAUAUGCACAUUUUCUACAGAUGGACGAA